AAUCAGGGAGCGUAGUUCCGGGGUUGUUUUUUGGCAUUCUUUAGCUUUCAGUCGAUCUUUUACUCCGGCAAACCGGUCGCCAUCGGGAACGUGCUGCGCUGCGUUCGGAGAACAGUUCUUGUGCCAACGGUUUACCCCAGAGAAACCAGUGGUCUGAGCCUGUCAUCAGUUUCCGGCGUGUGUUUGUGGCUCUGGUAAGACUGAACAGGAAGACAGACGCAGAGAGACGUCUGCGCAGAGAGAGGAAACUGCUGCGGCUUCUUCAUCGGCCUCAGAAUGACUGAGUUCUGGGUUUGUUUCAGCUGCUGCAUUGCAGAGCAGCCGCAACCAAAACGGCGGCGACGGAUUGAUCGCUCUAUGAUCGGGGAGCCAACAAACUUUGUUCACACCACACACGUAGGCUCGGGGGACAUGGGCCUGGGAUUGCCGUCUGUGGACCUCGUCCAGGCCCAGAUGAAAUCUAAAGGGGGCUAUGUGCAUGGAGGAUCUGAAGGUUCUCAGUUGUAACAAGCCCUUCAGUCUUGUGGAAACUACUGUUGUUGAUAUAAGGAAGCGUUUUCAAAAAAGCAGUUCUGUCUGUAACGGACGCAGGACCAAAAGAUGAAACUACUGCUUUUCCAUAAUGUUGUAUAUAUUUUUAUUUUCCAUUCCUUUUUUUUUAUGAAAGCACUGCUAUCCAUUUGCUGCCAUACUGUUGCACUGUAAAGAGUAACUGUUAAGAAUAGAUAAGAGGGUUUAGAAAGCUCAUAAUCUCAGUCAGACGUAUGCUUGUGUGUAUGCAUGAGGAAAAUAUUUUCAAAAAUAUUUGCUGUUGUAGCCCAUUUGGAUGCCUGUAUUUAUUAUCUGAUUUGUAAACGGACCUCAUGGUGGCUGGGCCACGCUGGAGAUUUGGAAUAUUCAGUUUCCUUCUUUAUUCUCAGAGGUUUAUCAAAGGACAGGUAGAGGUAGCAAGGCAAAAAGCGACAUGUUCAUUGUUUUAUUCUGAGAAAUAUUCAUGAUUCUCUGAGUUGCUUUCAGGGUUGAAGAUUGCUGUCUUGUAAUAAACUUGAAAUGAGUAGAGUACACUGGAUCAUACAUUGUACACUCACUUGCUUAGGAAUUUCGCAUUGAUUUCAACUGUUUUUUUUUAUACUCAUUUAGAAUGAUCCAUAUAGAAUUUUAAUAAACUAUGAACUUCCUAAUCUGC